AUGGCGCCCUCGGGGCUGAAGGCGGUGGUGGGGGAAAAGAUUCUGAGUGGAGUCAUUCGGAGCGUCAAAAAGGAUGGCGAAUGGAAGGUGCUCAUCAUGGACCACCCGAGCAUGCGCAUCUUGUCAUCCUGCUGCAAGAUGUCAGACAUCCUGGCUGAGGGCAUCACCAUUGUGGAGGACAUCAACAAGCGGCGGGAGCCCAUCCCCAGCCUGGAGGCCAUUUACCUGCUGAGCCCCACGGAGAAGUCGGUGCAGGCCCUGAUCGCAGACUUCCGGGGGACCCCGACCUUCACCUACAAAGCGGCACACAUCUUCUUCACGGACACCUGCCCUGAGCCUCUGUUCAGUGAGCUGGGCCGCUCCCGCCUGGCAAAGGUAGUGAAGACGCUGAAGGAGAUCCACCUCGCCUUCCUCCCCUAUGAGGCCCAGGUGUUCUCCCUGGACGCCCCCCACAGCACCUACAACCUCUACUGCCCCUUCCGGGCCGGGGAGCGGGCGCGGCAGCUGGAGGCGCUGGCCCAGCAGAUCGCCACACUGUGCGCCACGCUGCAGGAGUACCCCGCCAUCCGCUACCACAAGGGACCCGAGGACACAGCCCAGCUGGCCCACGCUGUCCUGGCCAAGCUGAAUGCCUUCAAGGCGGACACUCCCAGUCUGGGCGAGGGCCCUGAGAAAACCCGCUCGCAGCUGCUGAUCAUGGACCGGGCGGCCGACCCCGUGUCCCCGCUGCUGCACGAGCUCACGUUCCAGGCCAUGGCCUAUGACUUGCUGGACAUUGAGCAGGACACGUACAGGUACGAGACCACGGGGCUGAGCGAGGCCUGCGAGAAGGCUGUGCUGCUGGACGAGGACGACGAGCUGUGGGUGGAGCUGCGGCACAUGCACAUCGCCGACGUGUCCAAGAAGGUCACGGAGCUCCUGAAGACCUUCUGUGAGAGCAAGAGACUGACCACCGACAAGGCCAACAUCAAAGACCUGUCCCACAUCCUGAAAAAGAUGCCACAGUACCAGAAGGAGCUGAACAAGUACUCCACGCACCUGCACCUCGCUGACGACUGCAUGAAGCACUUCAAGGGCACCGUGGAGAAGCUGUGCAGCGUGGAGCAGGACUUGGCCCUGGGCUCCGACACCGAGGGCGAGAAGAUAAAGGACGCCAUGAAGCUGAUCGUGCCCGUGCUGCUGGACGCCGCUGUGCCCGCCUACGACAAGAUCCGGGUCUUGUUGCUCUACAUUCUCCUCCGGAAUGGUGUCAGUGAGGAGAACCUGGCCAAGCUGAUCCAGCACGCCAACGUGCAGGCCCACAGCAGCCUCAUCCGGAACCUGGAGCAGCUGGGGGCCACCGUCACCAACCCCGGGGGCCCUGGGGCCUCCAGCCGGCUGGAGCGGAGGGAGCGCUUGGAGCCCACCUACCAGCUGUCCCGCUGGACUCCGGUCAUCAAGGACGUGAUGGAGGAUGCCGUGGAGGACCGGCUGGACCGCAAGCUAUGGCCCUUUGUGUCUGACCCCGCCCCCAUGCCGAGCUCUCAGGCUGCAGUCAGCGCCCGCUUCGGACACUGGCACAAGAACAAGGCCGGUGUGGAGGCGCGGGCGGGGCCCCGGCUCAUCAUCUACAUCUUGGGCGGCGUGGCCAUGUCAGAAAUGAGGGCCGCCUACGAAGUGACCAGGGCCACGGAUGGCAAGUGGGAGGUGCUGAUUGGCUCCUCACACAUCCUCACUCCGACCCGCUUCCUGGACGACCUCAAGAUGCUGGACCAGAAGUUAGAGGACAUUGCCUUGCCUUGA